GAGGAUGUUGAGCAAGUAGAACCACCUGGGACAUUAUCAGGAAGAUCCAAAGGGAAUGUUUCCGGGAGUUGUGCACUCCCAGAAAAAGAAAAAGCCUGUGAGACUCAGCCGAUGCCAGAGGAAAACAUGAGUAGCCACUCAGACCUUAUUACUCAUGAGAGCAUCAACAUGGAAGAGACACACUACACAUGCCAUGAGUGUGGGAAAAGCUUCAAUGGGAGCUCAGACCUUUCCACACAUCAGAGAAUCCACAGAAGAGAGAAACCCUACAUGUGCUCUGAGUGCGGGAAAAGCUUCAGUCGGAGCUCAGCCCUUAUCACACAUUGUAGAAUCCACACAGGAGAGAAACCCUACACGUGCACUGUGUGCGGGAAGUGCUUCAGUUGGAGCUCAAACCUUUUCAAACAUCAGAGAAUCCACACGGGUGAGAAACCUUAUGGAUGCUCUGAGUGUGGGAAACACUUCACUGCUCGUUCAACCCUCAUCUCACAUCAGCGAAUCCACAUAGGAGAGACGCCCUACACGUGCUCUGAGUGUGGGAAAAGCUUCAAUCAGCGCUCAAACCUUAAUAGACAUCAGAAAGUCCACACGGGAGAGACACCCUACACAUGCUCUGAGUGCGGGAAAAGCUUCAAUUAUAGCUCAAGCCUUAUGACACAUUGUAGAAUCCACACAGGUGAGAUGCCCUACACAUGCUCUGAGUGUGGGAAAAGCUUCAGUCAGAGCUCACACCUUAUCAGACAUCAGAGAAUCCACAGAAGAGAGAAACCCUACAUGUGCUCUGAGUGCGGGAAGUGCUUCAAUCAGAACGCGGACCUUAUCAAACAUCGGAGAAUCCAUACAGGAGAGACGCCCUACACAUGCUCUGAAUGUGGGAAAAGCUUCAAUCACAGCUCAAACCUUUUCAAACAUCAGAGAAUCCACACGGGUGAGAAACCUUAUGGAUGCACUGAGUGUGGGAAACACUUCACUGCUCGUUCAACCCUCAUCUCACAUCAGCGAAUCCACAUAGGAGAGAUGCCCUACACAUGCUCUGAGUGCGGGAAAAGCUUCAGUCAGCGCUCAAACCUUAAUAGACAUCAGAAAAUCCACACGGGAGAGACACCCUACAAAUGCUCUGAGUGCGGAAAAAGCUUCAGUCAGAGCUCAAGCCUUAUGACACAUUGUAGAAUCCACACAGGUGAGAUGCCCUACACAUGCUCUGAAUGUGGGAAAAGCUUCAAUCAGAACGCGGACCUUAUCAAACAUCGGAGAAUCCAUACAGGAGAGACGCCCUACACAUGCUCUGAAUGUGGGAAAAGCUUCAAUCACAGCUCAAACCUUAUCACACAUCGGAGAAUCCACACAGGAGACACACCCUACACAUGCUCUGAAUGUGGGAAAAGCUUCAAUCAGAACGCGGACCUUAUCAGACAUCGGAGAAUCCAUACAGGAGAGACGCCCUACACAUGCUCUGAAUGUGGGAAAAGCUUCAAUCACAGCUCAAACCUUAUUAGACAUCAGAGAAUCCAUCUGAGAGAGAACUGUAAUAAAUGCCUUGACUAGGUCUGGCCAAAUAUAUAUAUUUUAAUUCUAUUUCCUUAUUCGCACACACUGAUCUUUGCACCAUCUUCUCUGUAGUCUCUCAGCUCCCCCAGAUAAGUUGCCUGCUUCUGCCUUUUGCAGCUCACCCUUCUUUGGGGUCAGUCCUGUGAUAUGUUCUAUCGACUCCUUUCCUUUUGAGUCGUAGGAGUGUGUUUCCCUCCAGCCAGGAACGUUCAUCAGCCGCAGGUGGGAGCGAGAUCCCAAGAAGCUACACUGAGGCAAAAACUACCUGAGCCUUCCAUCCACUAGGGCUGUACAUGGCGUUGGCUGCUCAAGUUAGUGAUCUUGGGGUAAAAAGACAAUUAUAGUUGUAGAGCAGAUGCAGCCCA